AUGUCAGAUCCACAAGAUUGUGUGGCCUCUGAUUCGAAAGCGAAGGAUCUUGCGACUAUGACCGACGCCAACCGCACCCCGCUUCGCGACAAUGAGGCAUCCGAGUCUUUGGCAGAACUGGCCAAGCUAAAUGUUGCCCCGUUUCUCAACAAACAUAAUCCUCGCCAGUACGCACCGCUCCGAUCGGAAGAUGGUACCUCAGUACCGCGACCAGCCAACGCUGGCUACUGCUACCGCCAUCAACCAGAUUCCAAAUGCAGGCGCCAGGCGGAUGAGCACUCGAUGCGCCAGCUGCAGCAGGAACUGAAUACUCUUCCCCAAGAUGAUCAGCAGGGUAUAGCCCAUGUCUGGUCCAUGUUUUCUGCUGCUCCAGCAAAACAGCGCAAGCUGAUGUUGCAAGGAAUUCUGGCUCAGUGCUGUUUCCCACAACUUUCCUUCAUCUCAGCCAGUGUCCGCGAACUCAUUCGAAUCGACUUUCUCUCCGCCCUUCCUCCUGAGCUUUCUUUCAAAAUCCUUCGAUACCUCGAUACAGCCUCUCUUUGCCGCGCUGCCCAGGUCUCCCACCGCUGGAAGAUGUUGGCGGAUGAUGAUGUUGUGUGGCAUCGGAUGUGUGAACAGCACAUUCGUCGUAAAUGUAACAAAUGUGGAUGGGGGCUGCCUCUCCUAGAUCGAAAGCGUCUGCGGGAAUCGAAGCGUGAAAUUGAACUGCGAGCAUCCAACUGGGGCAACCAGGCGUCUACGGACCUUGUCCAGGGUGCUCCCAAUGGAACUUGCUCUGUUGUCGAACUGCCCAACCCUGGCAGUAAACGCAAGCUUGAUACGGAAGAUCACGAUCACAGUUGUGCUAUGAUCAAACGCCACUGUAUUUCCCCAGCCUACCGCCCGGAGCCCGACGAUGACUACUACAAGACCCGGUACCGUCCUUGGAAGGAUGUCUAUCGGGAUCGAUUUGUGGUUGGCAUGAACUGGAAGCACCGACGUUGUUCAGUCAAGGUCUUCCGUGGUCACACAGACAGUGUUAUGUGUCUUCAAUUCGAAGAUAACAUCUUGAUGACCGGGUCUUAUGAUGCUACUAUCAAGAUCUGGGACAUGGAAACUGGCGAGGAGUUGCGUACUUUGCGCGGACACAGCGCAGGGAUUCGCUGCCUCCAGUUUGACGACACCAAAUUGAUCACUGGCAGUCUGGACCGCAGUAUUAGGGUGUGGAACUGGCGUACAGGAGAGUGCAUUUCCAAAUACAAUGGCCACUCCGGAGCCGUCAUCGCCCUCCACUUCGAUUCUACUCUUUUGGCCUCCGCUGCCGUGGAUCACACCGUGAAGAUCUGGAAUUUCAAGGAUAAAUCGACGUUCGUCCUACCCCACCCGGAGGGCGUCAAUGGAGUGAAGAUCGACACUGCCUCGCGCACCGUGUUGACUGCCUGUGACGAUGGUGCGGCUCGCUUAUGGGAUCUCGACACCAAGACCUGCAUUCGAGUCUUCCAUAACCACAUUGGUGCAGUUCAACAGGUCAUCCCGUUGCCACGUGAGAUCGAACUCGAGAACCAUCUCCCUGACUGCGAGAAUGAUCAUGUCAGCACUUCCUCCCAAAACGGUGAUGCGCCAGUAAAUAUUCUUUCUCCGAUCCUGGAGCACAAAUCUUUGUCCUCGCAACCUUCCUCAUUCGGACCAUCAUUUGAUCAGGAUAAGGAUCGCCUUGAACCUCCGCGUUACAUCAUUACCAGUGGUGUUGACGCAACUAUUCGGUUAUGGGAAACCAAUACUGGCAGAUGCCUUCGAACAUUCUUUGGGCACCUGGAAGGUAUUUGGGCCCUUUCCGCGGACACUCUACGCAUUGCCUCCGGUGGAUUGGACCGCAUGGUCAAAAUCUGGGACCCUCGAAUCCCCACUUGCCAAGACACUUUCGAAGGCCAUUCUGCAUCAGUUAACUGCAUUGGACUCAGUGACAGUCGCUUCAUUACCGGAGGCGACGAUUACCAAGUACGCAUGUACGACUUCCGCGCCUAA